CUAACCAUCUUCAUUCCUCUCUCUGCGUGUAUGAGUUACCGUUUGGUGUCAUUUCCUUUCAGCCUAAAGGACUUCCUUUAGCAUUUCUUGUGGUCUGCAGGCAACCAAUGAUCUCAGAUGUAGUCUGUCUGAAAAUGUCUUUAUUUCACCUUCAUUUUCAAAGGAUGUUUUCACAGGUUACAAAAUUCUGGAUCGACAGAUUUCAUCUUUUUUCGGCACCUUAGAGAUACCGUUCCAUUGUCUCGUGGCCUCCCCCGCUCUGUGGUGAGAAGUCAGCUGAUAUUCACAUCAUUGUUCUCUUGCUCAUAAUGUGUCAUUUUUCUCUGGCUGCUUUUAAGAUUGUUUCUUUAAUUUUGGAUGUCAACAGUUUGAUAAUAACGUUCCUGGGUGUGAUUUUCUUGUAUUUAUCCUCCUUGGAGUUUGUUGAAAUUCUUGGAUCUGUACGUUAAUAUCUUUCACCAAACGUGGUAAAUUUGGGGCCAUUAUUUCUGCAAAUACUUUCCUGUCUCAUUCUCUUUCCCUUCCCUUCUGAAACUCCACCUACUGGUAGGGUAGAUUGAUGGAUAUUAUUCCACAGGUCUCUGAGGUUCAGCCACUUUUUAAAAAUGUUUUUCUCUCUGUUCUUCAGGUUGGAUAAUUUCUCUUGGUCUAUCUCCAAGUUCACUGGUUUCAUGUCCAACCUUCUGUGAAGCCCAGCCAGUGAAAUUCUCACCUCGAUUGUUGUAUUUUUCAGCUCUAGAAUUUCCACUUGACUCUUUUUUCAUAGCUUCUCUUUCCUACUAGGAUUGCCUAACUGUUCUUUAAUUGUGCAUAUCUUUUCCUUUAAGUCUUUGAACACAUUUGUAUUAGGAGCGUUAACAUUUUUGCAUAUUGCAAUACCUGUGUUAUCUUGGCAUUGGUUUCUAGUGACUGCUUUCUUUGUUGUCUAUGGUUCAUACUCUCCUGUUACUUCACAUGUGUAAUGGUUUUUAACUGGAUACUGGCCACUAUGCAUGAAAUACUGUAGAGACCCUGCAUUGUGUUAUGUUCCUCUGAAGAGUGUGUGUCUUGUUCUGGGAGGCAGUUAAGUCAGCUGGAUUCCAACUCCAAGCUCUGUACUCUCUGCAGUGGGCGGCAGCUGAAAGGUCUGCUCAGUUCUUUCAAAUUCCAGCUGUCGCUUUUUCACCAGGUGUCCCGGGUCCCCUCCGAACAGCAAUAAUCUAGUCAGCCAAGGAUUUGGAUGGAUUUCAUAUGCAGAUUUUUAAAUUUACCUUCUCUGGGGCUUCCUUCCCUCCCACAAUUUCCUCCUCUCUCACUGUCUUUCUGGCUGAUCUGUCAGCUUCUAACUCUUUCCUCUCACACCUCAAGCCAGUGAGGAUGCAGCAAGGGCACAGAGCCGACACCCAGAGGACAGACUCACAGCUCUGACCCCGGGCAGCUCCCCCCUCAGGGGUACACUCAUCUUCAGUUUCUGCUUGAUUUUGAUCACUCUCCAAUGUCUUUGAACAGUGAAUUCGUUUUUACUAUAUUUUUCCAAUUCUAUAAUUUUUUAUCCGCCAGACUAUUUGUCUGACAAACCUACUCUGACAUAACCCAAAGUCAGAGGCCCCUCCUUUUAAUUUUGUAUUAUUUUGUAAUCUUCUAGAGCAGUUAUCAUGGAUUUGUUUAUUAUAGGCAUUAUGUUUCCCAUCUGACGUCCCCCACUGGGAUGUGAGCUUCAUGAGGGCCUGUUUUGUCACAUGACUCACUCCCAGUGCCUAGAACAAUAUUAGAGAGACAUAGUAAGCGCUCAACAAAAAGAUACUGAAUAGAGAAAUCAACGAAGGGGUCUUAGAGGGGCCCAUGGGCUCUGAAAGGCAGCCUGUGGCUCUGACAUGUGGUCAUUCCUGUUCUAGAAAGAUGAACCUUAUCUCUGCUUCCAAUUGCCCACCUCAGGAGGUGGCGUGCCUCCGCCAGCUGACGGCAGCCAUCCUGUCUGUGUCCUUUGUGGUUGGCGUAGUGGUCAAUGGGAUGACUGCCUUCCACAUGGCUCGCCCUGUCGCCACCAUCUGGUCCUUCAACCUGGCCCUUGCCAGCUUCACUGUCUCAUGGUCCCUGCCCGUUGCCAUAUACAACAUAGCCUCCGGCCAGUGGCCCUUCAAUGAGUUGACCUGCAACCUCUCCCUGGCCUUCACCUUCUUUCCCAGCAUCUGCCUCCUGGUCUUCAUCUCUGUUGACCGUUGCAUCUCUGUCCUCUGCCCCCUCUGGGCUCAAAAUCACCACACUGUGCAGCAAGCCACCUGGCUGGCUGUCGGCGUGUGGCUCCUGGCAGUGACCAUCAUUCACUUCCCGCUGGGCUUCUCGGCGCCCCUGGCCAUCAUCAGCUCCUGCCACCUCGUCCACACCACGCUCCGGCGGGAGGGCUGGGUCCACGCCAGCCGGCGGGCAAGGUUGCUGCUGGUGUUGGUUAGCGCCUUCUUCAUCUUCUGGUUUCUGGUUAACUUGGUGCUUUAGGUCCAAUUGGGGCGAUUUUUGGUGCUAAAGAAGUCCCGCGACCCCACGAUGCUGCUCAUCCUCUGGGCUACCUUCUCCCCGGGCUAUUUCAACAGCUGCCUCAAGGCUUUCCUCUAUGUCUUCAUUGGCAGAGAUUUCCAAGGAAAGCUUUUCCAGUCUUUGCCUUCUGCCCUGGCGAGGGCAUUUUAGUGAGGAGGGAUUUCUCAGCCAGUCUGUCCCUGAGGUGAAGCCCCCAGGGGAUGACGGAGACCUUCAGGUGGAAGCUGGAAAACUCCUGCUUAAUCUGCAGCCUCUUCUCUAGGCUGGCUUCAAGGACUACAUUUCCCAGUGUCCUUUGCAAUGAGGUAUGGCCAUGUGACUAUGGUCUGGCCAAUAGGACGUGCGUGGAAGUAAUCAAUGUAACUUCCUUGAAGUGCCCUUAAAGGGAAAGGGGCCUGCCCUCUUUCUCCAUUGCCCCCUUUGCAUCAUCUAGAAUGCAGCUGUAACAGUUAGCUUCUGCUGCGUAACAAACACUCUAAAACUUAGACCCUUAAAACCAUAACCAUGUCUGAUUUCUUGAGCCAGCAAUUUGAGCUGGUCUUGGCUGGGCUUCCUCAUGCAUCGUCUUUGGGUCAGCUAAGCAACUCGACUUCUGGGUGGGGCGACUUGCUUUCAGCUGGGGUGAUGGGAUUGACUGAGCCAUGUAGCUCUCACCGUCCUGCAGGCUGACUGGGGCGUGUUCACAUGGUGGCUGGGGAGGGCUCCAAGACCAAGAGGGGACACAUGAGACAUAGACUUGACACUUUACACCAUGUGACUAGUUUCAAGGAGUGGGGAAAUCGAUUCCACCGCUGGAUGGGAAAAUCUGAAAAGUGACAUUGCAAAGGAGCAUAGACACGGGAAGGUGUGCAGAACUGGGGCCACUUUUGCAAUCUGCCACAGCACUCGCGGUGGCGUGCCACGUGGAAAGUGACCGUGAACCCAUACUAGUCGUGGAAUGCUUACACCCAGGCUGUGAAGAGAGAGAUCUCAAUUUCUAGCUCAUCGAAGCCACUGUUAUCUUGUGUCUCUGUUAUAGCAGCUGAAUCUAUACUUUACUGGCCGUCGACCUUGUGUGAAGUGACAUAAUACAUCUCCUUAUUGUCAAAGCCAUUUGGAGUCAGGUUUCCUGUUAUCUUAAACCCACAGCAGCCCUGUGGAAGCAUGCAAUAAGCACUCCUUCCCGGGGACAGAAAUCCUGGUGGUUCCUGGUCACAGUGGACCAUUUCCUUAGUUCUAGGCAGAGGCAGAGAAGAACUUUCAUCCAAACCAAAAGCUAUCUGCUACUUGUUCAUAAUCUGAAAAGGCAGUUCUGGUCCCGCUGUGAUGAGCCCUGAGAACUCCCCUCUCGGAGCCUUGAUUCUCUCGACUCUGUAAACCAGGGCCAAAUGCUUUCAUCUUUCACAGAUGCAGAGAGGCUGAAAUGAUAUGAUGACUGAGUAUCAACGAAGAAUAGAGGCGCCUUAAAAAAAUAAGCUGGGAAAAGAGGUUUACUAAAGAACAAAAACGUUAAAACAAGAUAGAUACCUGGCAAAGAGAAAAUGAUUCUAUCUUUCCAGACCCUGAAAUUCCAACUUCUUCUCACUAGAGUCUGUCAUCAGUUUCCUGUGCAUCCUUCCCAAUAGCCUAUGCAUGCAUGAGCAUUUUAGACUGAAAUAGAGCAUGCCAUUUACAUGAUCCUACAUCGUGUGUGCGUGUUACUAAGAGUGUAUCUUGGAGGUGGUUGCCUAUAAGAGGUUUGCCAUAUUAUUUUUCAGUGCUGGCGGACAAGUGUUUCCCCGUCUGGAUGUACCGUGUACAGAGGGAUUUCGCUGAUCUCCCGCCGAUGAGCAUUUAGGUUGCCUUGAAUCGGCUUUGAUGAUAUUUUUGAAACUUAAAAAUCAUUCCGUACAACCCACAUUCCGAACAAUUCGAGGAACUCAUUGAUUUAUCACAGGGCGAACACCAUGCCGCUUAACCAGGUCACGGAGCGGAACACUGUCAGCCACCUCGGCACCCCCUCCCAACCUCUCCUCCUCCUUCAAAGAUAACCUCUCUCCUAACUUUUAUUGUAAACCUUUUUCUGCCUUGCCUUUUUUUCCCUCUCAGGUUUUUCAUUGGAAACAUUUCAAACCUACAGUUACAAGAAUAAUACAGUGUACCUUCCAACUAAAUUUAUCAAAUGCUAAUAUUUGCUCAUCCCUGUAUCCCCUAUAUUUAGUUUCUCUCUCUCCUUCUCUCUUUCUCCUUAUUUGUGUAUCUCUCUCUCUCUUCCACCCUUUAUCCAUCCAUCCAUCCAUCCAUCCAUCCAUCCAUCAUCUCUCCACACACAGGUGUACGUACCAUGGUACAUCCAUCAUGAUGAGCAGAUCAGGAUCCCAGAUGUCUGGGAGGCUGAGGGACGGAGCCCCCUACACAGUUACUAUCACUCGAUGAGCCCAGUUGUAAGAGGAACCUCUAGAAAUCUUUGAACCUUUUGAAAGUAGGUGCACACAUCACGAUAUUUCACCCACAAAUUCUUUAAUCUGUGUCUCCUAAGAACACGGCCGUUUUCCCUGUACAACCCUAGUAUCAUUACCACCCUCAAGACCUUUAAUAUUGAU